UACAUCCUGGUUUGACUCUAUGCAAACAUCGGACUAAUGGCAAAAAUGAGUCUCUCUUCCUACAUGUUAAUACUAACUUUUUCUUUGCUUUCUCAAGGCGUUAAACUUUCGGCAUCCAAGUCCAUAAGAAAUUUAGAAGAUGACAUGGUAUUUAAUACACUGAGGCUGGGGAAAGCCUUUCAGAAGGAAGAUACUGCGGAAAAAUCAGUCGUUGCUCCUUCCCUGGAACAAUACAAAAAUGAGGAGAGCAGUUUCGUGAAUGACGAGGAAAACAAAAAUUCAAAGAACUCAGGCUCCAAACAUAAUUUCUUAAAUCAUGGUCUGCCACUGAAUCUGGCUAUAAAACCUUAUCUUGCACUAGAAGGAUCUGUAGCUUUCCCACCUGAGCAUGGAGUUCAGAGUGCUGAAUCAACGCCAGAAAAGAGAGAGAUUGGGGAUGAAGAAAACGCAGCUAAAUUUCCUAUAGGAAGGAGAGAUUUUGACAUGCUUAGGUGUAUGCUGGGAAGAGUCUACCGACCAUGUUGGCAAGUCUAAUAGUUGUUGGGCCACAUCAUCUCAGAAGAAAACAACACC